AUGAGCCUCACCGGCCAUUAUCUGACUCCUACGAGCAGCCUGCCACCGGUUCGCUCCCUGGUGGCUGCUUCCGAGGAACAAAUCCUAUCUUCUCUGCGCAAUCUGCAAACAAUAUACUGUCCACUUCGACUUCCGGUCACCGUCCACUCCGACCCCAGAUUUAAGCGGGUGGUCAGCGCUUCGACAACGCCUGUGGAUUCCGGUUAUGUCUCCCACGAUGAAAGUGCCGGCGGCGUAGACGCUGAAGCUGCGAUUGCCGAUCUCCGUGCAGAUGUAUUCGAGCGGAACUAUGUCAUCCGGUGGUUGACAGCAUUGAUUGCACGUGUUGAAGAGUUAUCAAUCGAGUCAGAGAGCGUCAGGGAGUGCGUGCUUGACGAUGCCGCAUUCAUUCUCUCGUCAUUCAGCGAUUCGACCGAGGACGGGGAAGAUCAGUCCAUUACCCGCGACUUCUCCUUCCAAACCUCCUUGCCAGAUUCCAACCCCGUCAAGGUCCAACUCAACGACGCGCCUCUCACCGGCGUAGACCACACCGACGUCGGUCUUCAGAGCUGGGGUGCUUCGAUCAUUCUUUCCGAACUCCUCUGUCUCGACCCCACUCGCUUUGGUCUGGAUGGCGUCUCCACCGUCGUCGAACUCGGUGCUGGCACCGGGCUCGUCAGUCUCACCCUCGCCACUCUUCUCCCCCAACUUCCUACCAGCACCACCAAGCCCACCGUCAUCGCCACAGACUACCACCCGGCGGUCCUCGACAACCUCCGCGCAAACAUCACCACCAACUUCCCCUCCUCCCCCUCCUCAGCCGUGCAAACCGCCCUCCUGGACUGGUCCUCCCCCUCCCUCACCGGCCCCCUCUCCUCCCCCGUCGACAUGCUCAUCGCCGCGGACGUGAUCUACGCGCCCGAACACGCCCAAUGGCUCCGCGACUGCGCCGCCCGCAUGCUCGUUCCCUCCGGCGUCUUCUGGCUUAUCGCUACGGUGCGCAAGUCCGGGAAAUUUGAGGGCAUCGCGGAUACAGUGGAAGCGGCUUUCAAGAUCGAGGACUGUCCGCGGUACGAGAGUACCGGGCGCGUGUUUAGGAUUCUAGAGAAGACGGAGGUGGAGAAGAAGAGGGGGAUUGGACGCGGGGAUGAGAGUGGGUAUUUGCUUUUUAGGAUUGGCUGGGACUGA